AUGAGAGGAACCAUAGCGAUUGAAGAAGCCGUUAUAGACCCAGCCGGAGUCGAAGUGCAUUCUUUUGCUCAGUUUCAAAGCUUGAUGCAGCCAGGCAGCAAUGCUGCUUCAGGAUUGUCUGAUCACGAGCGUCGACUUCUCGACAUCCACGGCGAGCGUCUAACAAGCAUGGAUAAGCAUGGCGUGGAGUAUAUGUUAUUAUCCUUAACAUCACCUGGCGCGCAGGGGGAAGCAGAACCCGAGAAAGCCAGAUCAGUCGCAAGAAUAGCGAACGACUACCUUGCGGGAGAGGUGAAGAAGAACCCUCGACGAUUCGGAGCGCUUGCCGCAUUAUCGAUGCACAGCGCGCAGGAUGCAGCCGAUGAGCUCCGUCGAGCGGUUAAGGAGCUGGGAAUGUUCGGCGCGAUGAUCAACGACUUCCAGAGUAAAGGUGGCGAUGCGCAAGAGAAAAUGUACUUCGACUCUCCUGAAUACGACCUCUUUUGGGCAACUGUUCAGGAACUUGAUGUGCCAGUGUAUUUCCAUCCGCGGUAUGCAAUUAAGCAAGAUCUGGAGCCCGGAACAAAGUAUGGCGAUCGUAAGCACCUGCUCGGCGCGGGUGUACAAUUCCAUCUUGACCUGAGCUGGCAUCUGUACGCGAUUUGCUCGUCGGGAGUUUUCGACCGUUUCCCAAAAGUUCAGAUUGUUGCUGGACAUCUGGGCGAAGGGUCAGUAAGUGCCAAAGCCACAAAAUACGAUUGCUUAUUCCGUGACAGUAUUCCUUUCAACCUUUGGAGAGCCAGCCACUGGAUCAACAAGCCGUUCAAGCGAGGUGCACGACCCAUGAAGCACGACUAUACGUACUACUGGACGCAUAACGUGUCAAUUACUACAUCUGGUGAUUACAACACACGGGGGUUGAAGUUCUGCAUGGAGGAGAUAGGUCUUGAACGGUGUCUGUACGCUAUAGACACACCCUAUGAUACAAUUGAAGAAGCACAGGCGUGGUGGAAGUCGAUAGACUUGAGUGAGGAACAGAAGGAAGCAGUUGGAAGGAGCAACGCGAUCCGCCUCUUCAAGCUGCCUCUCGAACAGUAA